AAUCUGACAGAGUCGAUGUUGGUCCCCACACCGGGACAGCACACGCUGGCAUUCCCUCCACGGCGCCUUUCUCCUACUCAACAGCCUCCGCAGCAGAGGCAGUUCAAAAAGAUCGUGCAGAGGCAGCAGGAUAAAUCACGGAGGCCAUCGCCGACGUCAAUGCCAAGCGGGCAGAAUGAGGAGAUGAAAACUCGAUCUCCCCCGAGGGAGCCAGAAGCUUGCCAGCCUUUGCGUCGGCCUUCAAAUAUGUCGGAGCCAGAACGGCGGAUGUCUGCACAGAGUUACAAUUCGCAGGGCCACACUUCACAUGGCCACACUUCCAGAUCGAUGCCGAUAUCAGGACUCUUGAGUGAUGUUCCAACCCCAACAAUUGAGCCUCCGAAGCCGAACUUCACAAUUCGAAUGCGUCAACAACCACUCGCAGCUCGAGCCUGCGGCUUUGGAGAGCGGGACCGCCGAGUCAUUGAUCCACCACCAAUUCUACAAAUGGACGUGGACGCUCCGAAUGCCACACCCGAGGAGCUGAAGGCCUUGCUCCGACAACCAUACGCCGUUGUCCAUUGCACACUUUGGGAUCCUCUCAACGACAGGGAUGACACAGCAAUGCCUGGAACAACAGACAAAAGACAGCAGCGGCGGUUGAUGGGCACCUUGGUUGCUUCCCCUUUUGUGGGCAAUGAUGAGCAUGACGUUGAGGGAUGUUUCUUUUGCUUUCCGGAUUUGAGCGUCAGGACACCGGGCGUUUACAGCUUGAAGUUCAGUCUGGUGUGUCUAGAUCCUUCCAAAAUGGGGCCGGGGUUUUCAAUGCCGGUACGGAGCACAGCAAAGAGCGCCACUUUCCAUGUAUACAACGCCAAGGACUUUGGUGGAAUGAGGGCAUCCACCGAGUUGACAAAGAGGUUGAAAUAUCAAGGCUGCUUGAUUUCUGUGAAGAAAGGGAAUGCCAAGAGCAAUGGGAAGAAUGGGAGGGACGAUGACGAUGACGAGGAUGAUGAUGACGACGACGAGCUCGAGGAGGGCCGGAAAAGAAAGGCGGCGAAGAGACCGAAGCGGUGAAAAUAUCUUCUCUUGAGAUGCACAAUUUUACACGUCACGAAGAGACGAUUGGAGCGGUAUUUUGGCGGUGCAUUUGGUCUGCUUGAAAGGAUUUGGACAUUGGGCAUACAUGGGUCAGUUUGGGAAGGCUAUGGAGGGAGUUCUGGCUAGGAGUGAUGAGUGGAUUUACUGCAUGCAUGAUACCCAGGCACAACAUGGUUCGCCUGUAUAGAGAUUGUCAUACAAGUGACGCGCGGGUCUUAAUGCACAGAACAGAAUUUAUUAUAUUGAC